UGUCAUAACAGAGCCCGGGUUGAAACUUGCCAUGUAGUUGAAAAAUAUUUUGGCCCCAGCGAAGUUUCUUUCUGUUUUGCUACCGUGUUAUCGCGCAGAGUUGGGUCUUUUUAGGUAAAAAAUAUGAUUCCUUCUUAGUGUCAUAAAAUAAUUACCACAAAUUUAACCGGCUGCAUGUGUGAGAUUCCGCUGUAUUUCCCUGAUGAGUUUUUCAACUAGAAAUUCUCCCUGUCUGCCCAAAAAAGGUAUUCUAAUCCAAAAGUCCUCAAUGUUCAUAAUACAAGUCCAUGUUUUUAGCCGUGCCUUGCCAAAAAAUUGACUGUAGCGUAGUGACGAGAUUAUAUGCCAUGUUACUGCAUGAUGUCACUAUUUAUUAUAGCCAUUUUUAAUUUUCAUAUCCAUACAAUUAUCAAGUAUAGCCAAUUGUAAAUUUAAUCUACUUUUAAAAGAGAGAUUUACAGUAAAUAUUCAGAGGAAAUUUGAUAAAAUUUUCACUCGUUAUCUGAAAAACAUGCAUGCAUGGGUUAUUGAAAAUAUCGAUCCGUCACGUCGCGAGUCACGUCCAUGCAGUGUGUGGGGGCGUUUGACAGACAGAAUGACGCCGAUACUCAGCCAAAUUGCAUUGUUAUUAUUUCAUUUAUUCCCCCCCUCAAUACAUUAUAUGCAUUUCAUCGCAUUUCACUGAUCUCAAAAUAGUCAGUAGAAUAAAAAUCACUGUAGAACAAGUUCCGGGUAUAUACGUACGAAACCUAAUGCAUUGCGCUUCAGCUCGAACAUCAAAAUUUGGGACUUGUGCGGAAAUGAAACUAUGAAAGUGGCGCAGCUUGCAUCAAUAAUUAGGGGCACAAAUUAAUUUAUUAUUCAUUUUGCUACUGGAAGGACAAUCGUUUUCAAAAGGAAGGAAUUAUUCAUGCAUAUCAUAGCAGGCCUCAAUUAAAAAAUAGAUAAUGAAUAAUAAUGAAGCUUAAUGAGGUUUAUCAUAUCAUUAUCUAUUGUUUUAAUUUCAUUCGACGCGACGAAAAUACGUCCAAUUUCCAAAUAAUUAACUUAGGCCUUUAAACAUACAUCUAUUCUAUGCUAAUAUAUUUCACACAAUUACAUAGUUUUUAUACUUUCGACAGUUAGGAAGUUCUCUCUUUGGCAAUCCUUGUUAACAGCUGCAUGCUUAAGUUACGCGUGGGUCAUAAAACUUUCAAAGUUCUAGUAUAUAAAUUGUGUGUAUGAAGUAUAUGAAUAUGCACCUCCUCCUAGUCACAUUGUCAACUGCUUUAAUACUUUACAAUAAGGCCAAUACUCAUAGUCAUAUUGUCAGAGAGACUUAAGGAUCACACACACCGGGCACGAAGGGCCAACUCGAAAUAAUUUUCACCAAUUUUACAUUUUCCAAAAGCAACUACGUUUGAAUAUGUUACGAUGUCAGUCUUGACAAAUAGAGUUUAGAGUUUAGAGUUUUAUCAAAAAACCAAGUCUGAGAGGCAGCUAAUAGCAUUAGUCGAUAAUAAACUGAAUAUUAUACUUUCACCACCUUGCUCAGUUGAUUCAGAGAGACUAGUAUAGACAAAAUACUUCCAUCUUUCUUUAUGGUUAGAGGCUAUAUCAUUAACCAUGAUGAAGAAAAGGAGGGGUCCUAGGAUUGUACCUCGCGGAGCUCCUGCAUUGGCCAAAGGCCAAUCGGAUAGUUUAGUGCCCAAACCGGUCUGCUUUCUUUGAGCCAGUUUAUUAAGGGAUUAUCGACAUUGAGCAGCUGGAUCUUUUCAAUUAGGAUUUUACCUAAAAUACCCAAGGAUAGCACAUUUUGGCAGCCAGGGGUCCAUAGCUCUCAAAAUUUUGUUCCAGAAUUUAAUUUAUUUGUCUCAAAACACUGAAAAUUCGCGUCGCGUUGGACUUACUCAGCCUCGCCCCGAUAAAGAAUUUAAGACCAACGCUGUCACAUUUUUUUGAGACUUGUGGGGUUACCUUAUAUAGUACCUUACGGUAUAAAAUCACCCAAAAAGCAUACCAUAAGAAAUAAUGAAAAUCGAAAUGAAAUUUCCAGUGGCGCAGCAAGCAUCAAAAAUUGAGGAGCACAAUAUUCAUAUUGUUCAUUUUGCUGCUGCUGUAAGGAUAAUCGGUUUUAAAAAGAGCAGUGGCGUAGCCAGCCUGACGAUUUAGUCAUGCUACGCAAAUUUUAUGUUAUUAUAAUUAUUCAUCUCUUUAGGAAUUUAUUGUUUUCGCAGUCAAUGAACACAAAAAUAAUGGCAUAGAACGACUUAAUUAUCGGGCUGGCUACGCCGCUGAAGUUGUUGAUGAAAAGUAAUUUGCCUAUGUCCAUCAUCACUCGGCUCAAAGUAAGAGAAAAAGAACGAGGCAUCACCUGGGAUAUUCAGUAUACUUUUUACAGUUAGCAAGUUCUCUUUUUGGCAAUCCUUGUUAACAGCUGUUUAAAUCAUGCGUAGAUCAUAAAACUUUCGAUUCAAAGUUGUAGUGUAUAAAUUGUGUGUAUAAAGUAUAUGAAUAUGCACCUGCCCCUAGUCACAUUGUCAAGUACUUUAGUACUUUACAAUAAGGCCAAUGCGUUCGACACGACGAAAAUGCGUCCAAAUUCCAAAUAAUUAAUUUAGGCCUUCAAACAUGCAUCUAUUCUAUGGUAAUAUAUUUUACAAAAUUAGAUAGUUUUUUACUUUCUACAGUUAGGAAGUUCUCUCUUUGACAAUCCUUGUUAACAGCUGCUUAAAUUACGCGUGGGUCAUAAAACUUUCCAAGUUGUAGUAUAUAAAUUGUGUGUAUGAAGUAUAUGAAUAUGCACCUCCUCCUAGUCACAUUGUCUACUACUUUAGUAUUUUAGAAUAAGGCCAAUACUCAUUGUCAUAUAUUGUCAGAGACUUAAAGAUCACCCACACUGUGCGCGAAGGGCCAACGCGAAGCAAUUUUCACCAAUUUCACAGUUUCCAAACGCAAACACGUUUGAAUAUGUUACGAUGUCAGUCUUGGUAAAUAGAAUUUAAAGUUUUCGCUCCGAUAAAGAAUUGAAGACCAACGCUGUCACAUUAUUUUGAGACUUGUUGGCUCACCUUAUAUAGUACCUUACGGUUUCUUACGGUAUAAAAUCACCCAAAAAGCAUACCAUAAGGAAUAGUGAAAAUCGAAAUGAAAUUUCCAGUGGCGCAGCUAGCAUGAAUAAUUAAGGAGCACAAUAUUCAUAUUGUUCAUUUUGCUACUGUAAGGAUAAUCGGUUUUAAAAGGAGCAGCGGCGUAGCCAGCCUGACGAUUUAGUCAUGCUACGCAAAUUGCAGUCAAUGGACACAAAAAUAAUAGCAUAGAACGACUAAAUUAUCGGGCUGGCUACGCCACUGAAGUUGUGUAUAAAAAUGAAAUUUGCAUAUGUCCAUCAUCACUCGGGUCAAAGUAAAAGAAAAAGAACGAGGCAUCACCUGGGAUAUUCAGUCUGGACUGGACGUAUUGUCAGUUGAAUCAAGAAAAGCAAGUCUUAAUAUCUGCCUGUCUAAAGAAUGAGGACUAAACGAAGCCGAUGUAAACCAAUCAUAUUUGGCAACUGUAAAGAAGUUUUACAGACGGUUAUAAUGAUUUAUUUUGCUGCAAACCUCGUUUUUGGGGAAGAAGAAGAGUCAGAGUUUUGUAAAAGAGAAUGGUCUGAAUUCGUUCAAGACAGAAAGCAAUGAGAAAGAGAAUGUUUAAAUGACGAUGAUAUCAAAAUAUCACAGUGUUGCAACGAGACAUUUCACUAUCUUGAUGAAAGAUUUAAUGACUACAUAAAGUUGUGUCCCAUUGUUGAGGGCAAAUGCACAUGUCAUUUUCAAGAGCAACGAAUAGACCGUUUUACUUACAGUAACUUGUCAGAUCCAAUUUUUUGGAUGAAACCAAAUAUUUCAUGUCGACACAAGUUUCAACUCCGUCGUUUAAAAGUGGAGCCAGACGUAAGAUCACCGCACAGUUUUCCUGUUGGUUUUAAUAAAAUCAAGAAUAUAUUUCAACUGUAUGGAGGGCGGGAGAAAUCAUGUGAUAUUAUGGUUUAUGUUCGCUCCUGUAAAGGCGAAGGCGAAGAAACGGAAAAAACAAUCAAGGAAGAUACCAGAAAAAGAGGCUGCAAAAAAGAUAUUCUCGUUCUCUGGGACAAUUCCAAAUUUUUUGGCCUCAAUCCCCAUGUCAAAAUCCUAAAAAAGUUUAUUAAAAAUGAAAAACUUGGAGUGGAGGAACAAGGCACCCAUCUGGGUUUCAUCAGCUUCUCCAAUAGCACAGCAACAGAAUUAUUAAAAGUUGGAGAAAUCAGGAAUAAAACACACUUGUUAAAGUGGCUGGAUAGUAUUCAUGUUUACAAUGAUUCAAACAGCUAUAGCAACGCGACCAGAAAAAGUGUCUGUGAUCUUGUGAACAGUGUGUUAAACGACACAAGUCCUAAGAAUUUCCGUCCUGAUGUUGACGACGUUAUUUUGUUGCUAUUGUUAAGGAACGGAACACACGAUAUUUUAAAAGAUCAAAAACAGCUCAUGAAUCAAUGUAUAAAUGUUAAAAAGAAUGUCACAAUUGUACAUGUUAGUUUAACUGGCGGCAUUGUAGGAAAGUUCAACUUUUCAGGCUUUAAACUUCGUGUCAAAAGAUGGCCGACACCAGAGCGAAUGUUUGAAGUAAAAUUAGAAACGUUGGAGAAAGUUUUGAAUGAAACGAUCGAUGCUUCCUGCACGUCAUUCGGUAAAUGCGAAUGUAAAUAUGGUAGAAAAUAUGAGUUUACUGCAUAUACUAAACCUGGAGCAAAUUCUGGAUUGGUCAAUUGGACAACCCCGGAAGUCACAUGUUUUGAUUAUGAGAGAGGCCAGGUUGAUCCACCUUAUGACGAGUCUCCUGCAAAUUUGCAACUGGGCAAGCACGUGAUUACUUACCCGUACUCGUAUAAACGUGAUGGCAAAGUGGUUCAAUUUAAAUGUUUUGUAAACUUAACUGUUGUCCCUUGUUCAUGUCCAUGCCCGCAAACUGUUACGAGGGUUGUGCGCAGUCAAACAGAAAAAGUUUUGAUCAGUUGGUUAGAGCCUAAACCCAGAUGCCCGACAACGCCAAGGGCAGGCAAUCCUAACACAACCAGUGGAUGGUUCUCUGUUGGUAAUUACACGCGGAACUACAACUACAGUUUCAUGAGCAACUAUCAGACAUUUAUUAUUGAAUGUCGUGUAACAUUUGUUGUUACAGCUUGCGAGUGUCCCAGCACCCUAAUAGUGAAAAAAGGAAGUCAUGGAAGUUUGGUCUUUGUCAGUUGGGCAGAACCUAAACCUAUCGAUUGCUCGACCAAACCAUAUUCGACCAAUCCAAAAAAAAACAACGGACGGUACGCUCCUGGUUUUUACACAGUAAGCUACGACUACAAAUACAGCAGCGAGCAUCAAAGAUUUGACAUUCAAUGUCAUCUAAAAAUUAUAGUCACAAAACCAUUAAUGGGAUUUGAGGUUCGUGAAAUUGGUUCAUCCUGCGCUUUUACAUGCCCUCUCAAGAACCAGAAUGACACAUAUAAAUUUCAUAAACUUACUUUUCUUCCUGGCGAGAAAUUUUUAAAACCUGGCGGAAAUAUACAACAAUAUGGAAAUGUAUUAGUAAUUACAAAUUUGGGAUGGGAUGAUGCUGGACAAUAUUCUUGUUCGAUAUUUGAUUCAAAUGGUAAUUGGUUGAAGGACCAUGCUAUUACUAUACUCACAAUUGUACCAGUAAAGACAUAUUACUUCGACAUACUACCUGCUAAACAGACAAGCGUAAUUGAUGACGGCAUGAGAUUUAAAUUUCGUUGUGAAUAUGAGAAGCCAUCAACAGAACUACAAUGGGAAAGACGGCGUUCAAUAAAUGGAACAAGAAAGACAGAUUAUCUUCCAAGAAGUGUUAUAACUCUUGGAAAAGAUGCUACACAAAGUGUUGAAGAGUAUAUCAUUAAUAAGGUCAAGGCAGACGAUAUUGGUUUUUACAGAUGUGGAGUGAGAGAAAAUGGCAAUAUGCGUUACACAAAUGUGAGGUUUUUGCUGGUUAAAGGGAAGAGACCACCUGUUUUUCAUGAAACGAAACCUGUUUUCGUCAGCAAGGAGGAAAAUGAUAUAUCAAUCCAAUUUUCUGUGAAUGGAGCACCAUCACCUGAUAUCAGUUGUUAUCUUAAUAAACGUCUUGCUAUAUUCUGCUCCGGAAAGACUAUUGAAGUAACUGAUUUGCAUUUAGAAAAUGGAACAUACAGAGCAGCAAUAGCAUGCUCAAAAGAUAAUUAUGAUAUUACAGGAUAUCACAAGUUAAUAAUAAGAUCUGCUUUGUUUCCCCGAGACGACGGCUUGUACAAGUGUGUUGCAAGGAAUGAUGUCGGUAAUGCUAGCAUACAAUUUCGCGUAAAUGUUACAGCCGCUCCUAAGAUUGGUAAUCCGAUUAGCCAGAUUUACCUGAAACGAAAAAAUGAGGAAGGAUUUGUCACAUGUAAAAUAAAGAGGUCAAAACCAAGACCUGUUGUCACGUGGUAUCAGCAAGCCUUACUAGAUAUAGAGGAAAAACCCAAGGAAAAUCAAUGGACUAUUUCGUCAAAUCAACCAGAGUUGGUUCAGAGUUUACAACAUAGAGGAAUGUAUAAAAGUACUCUUAGAGUAUCAAAGAAUGAGGGACAGUCAUUUUAUCGAUGUUUUGCCAAAAAUGUUUAUGGAAAUGACAGUAGAAUAUUCAAGUUUUUACGACAUGGUGAUUAAGUAUUCAAAGCCUGCAGCUACUUUACAGGAUAAAAUGUGAACGUGCAUUAAUCAUUCGACCGCGGGAAGUUUAUCACUGGUUUUAAAACCUCGAUUUCGUACACAUCAGAGCAUUCGUAAUUAAUUUUAUUAUCCGUUUAUAUUUAUCAAAAGAAGAAAAUCGCAGCAAAAAGUGUGAAUGGGGCCAUUUACACUUCCGAUUUUAUGUGCGAUUUUCCUCUUUUCAUAGUUGAGUUGAGUUGAGUUGACCACUUUAUUUAAACACAGUACUAGGUUACCCAUCGGUAUAAAUGCUGCCUGAAUGAUGUCAGGGGCUGUUUAGGGAAUUCUCUACGAAGGGUCGUGUACGAAGGCUGUUACGCACUGCAAGCAGGUACAAAUGAAAGGAUGUAUAAGAGCUACCACAAUGCAACGCGCAUAGUAAAAUCGAGAUUUUCCCUCCAAUGUAUAGAUUAGGAAUGCUGCCUUGCUCGCUUGCUUCAGACUCGUUCGCUGCAGCAGCAAGUUACUCUUCAGGAAAUGUAGACAAAAUUACAAUAAAAACACAAGCAUUAAAUAUUU